AUGGAACCUUUGUUAUUAUACAUUAAAUUGAAAGAGUCUGUGUAUAGACAGACAGAAACAGUAUUGAGAUAAGUUAUGUAAGAGAAGAUAAAGACAAUUGUGUUAAUCAAUCAGAAUGAUAAAGCAAUAUUGGAAUUAUAACAUUAUGGUGAAACUAUGUUGUAAUAAUUAAUCUAUUAAAUUAUCAAUAUCAGAACUUUGUUAAAGUUAUUGAUAAUGCCAAUAUGAUAAUACAAACAUAUCAAUAAAAAAAAAGG